AAUCACAGACAGCUGAGGAGGAGCAGAGCAAAAGACUUUAGAGGCUGCGUUCAGGGAACACCAAAAAGGAAAAGGAGAGCAGGCCGUUCACCAUGAGCAACUACGAGAGGCUGAAAGAGGAACCCAUCACUCAGGAUCCACCUCCUUACUCUGACAAAGACUCCCAUGAAGACCCUGAGCCAGCUAAAUCUCUUUCUGGAUCAGAACCCAGGCGCAUGGGCUGGCCCUCUAACCCUGUGCCAUCCCAGUACCAACAUUAUGUUGCAGCUGGUGCAGGAUCCCACCAGUUUCCGAUUCUUCAACCUCCGCAGGCCACCGUCAUCAUUUGUGGUCCACCUGCCAAGGAGCCUGAUUACCUGGCCUACUCUAUCUGUACCAUGCUUUGCUGCUGCCUCCCCCUGGGCAUUGCUGCCUUAGUUUACUCUAUAAAGGUGAGCUCCUCCCUCUUUUUCUUUGGGCUGGGGGAGAUGUAGUGCUAUAAUAACAGGCAGUCCAAUAGGCCCCAUGGACUUUUCUGGUGGCCCCUGUAGCAGAGGCCUGUAGAAGGCUACAGGGUGGCUUGUGUUGUAGCUGAAAUUCAGGGGGGCAGAUGAGCCUAAGGCUUCUGGAUUUCAAGGUUUGGGGGCCCUUUCUCCACCCCAAUAAUUCAAGCCACCGUGUUGUCCACAGGGACAGGGAGAAAUGGCAGAGCACAAAGUGGGUGGUGGUUUCAAAGAGAACAGGAUAAGGGGAUCGCUCAGAUGUUGCUUUUGCUCAGUCAAGGCAAAACUCAGGCAGGGUGAGGUCUAGAGAGGGGACUGAAUCACGUCUGUGUGCAGGAGGGUUCCAGCUGGCUGGAGGGGCUCAAGCUAAGAUCUGCAACUCUGAAUCUCCUACGCUUCAGCAGGAAAUAAAAUGAGCCUCAGCACAGCUGCCUCUGCCAGCGCUGAAAGUUUUUGUUUUGCUUAAAGGGGCCCAGUCCUCUGCAUUGGUCUCUUGUUGCUAUGGUGGAGCAGAGGAUUCCCUGCUUGUAGUGGGUCCUCCAAGUCUAAGUGUGACAUUGUCACAGCCUCUGACCAAUGAGGAGUCAGACACUGGCCCCACAGGCACUUUGGGUAGCAAUGUUUCUGGGGUGUCUCCUGCGUAGCCUUCCUCCUUUUGUUUCGGAGUCCUGCACCUCACCACCUAAAGAGGACUUGACUCCUGUUCCCCGGCAGGUGCAGGAUGACUCUUAGGCAGCCAACAUCCAGAGAGACAGCUGGGUUAGCCUGUUGCAGCGAAAAAAGGAAAGAGUCUCUGAUGACCACUUUAAAGUUGCAUGGAUUCUUUGGGGCAUUUGUUUUCACAAACUAGGCUUUGUCUGAGCUGCUGGGCAGCUUUCUGAGUUAGGGGUGGGUGGCCUGUUUCAUGGUGGCCCAGGUCCUACUUGGAUGGUCAUUUCUAGAAGGUGAUGCUCAGGGAGUGCUCUUCAGUGUGGGGUUCCUCUGGGUUUGAUUUUAUCCCCUCUGCUGUUUAACAGCGACAUAAAACCACUGAAUGGGGUUAUCUGGAGUUUUGGAGUACAGUGGUACCUUGGUUGUCGAACUUAAUCCAUUCCGGGAGUCCCUUUGACUCCCAGAACCAUUCGAAAACCAAGGUGCAGCUUCCAAUUGGCUGCAAGAGCUUCCUGCACUCAAUUGGAAGCCACAGAAGCCACGUCAGAAGUUCACCUUCCAAAAAACAUUCACAAACCAGAACACUUACUUCCAGGUUUGAGGCGUUCGGGAGCCGAUUUGUUCAGGAGCCAAGCCGUUCGACAACCAAGGUAUCACUGUACCUUGCUGGUGAUGCACAGGUCUACUUCUCCUUUACAUCUGUCAUCAGUUCUCACUCUCUUUCUCCACAGACCCAAGAAGGCAACUUUAAUGGAGAUGUGAUAGCUGCCAAGCGAAACUCCAGGAUGGCUCGCAUCUUGAACCACACAGCCCUCGGAAUGGGCUGCUUCUGCUUCGUUAUGUAUAUCACCAUAAUGGCAACUUUGUAUUGGCAACUGCAAAACCAGCACCCACUUGACUGAGGAUUCACUGCAGAGCCUCCACAUUUCGAAAGACCUCCCCACCGUUGCACUACUGAGAAGAAGGCCUGGCUGGACGCUGUGCUUUAUGAAUCAUUCCAUAGCAGGAAGUGCUAAAAGACUGAGUCACAUGUACAGGCUCAUCACAUGAUUUCUGUUUAUUUUACUUGAUGACCAACAAUGGGAUGUGUGAACUUCAAAGCAUUGUCCCAAAGGGGACAUCAAGUGCUCUUGGAAGGGAAAAAAUAUAAUAUCCUAUACUCUGCCAUAUAUUCCUAUACAGUGGUACCUCAGGUUAAGUACUUAAUUCGUUCUGGAGGUCUGUUCUUACCCUGAAACUGUUCUUAACCUGGAGCACCACUUUAGCUAAUGGGGCCUCCCGCUGCUGCUGCGGCACCGGAGCACGAUUUCUGUUCUCAUCCUGAAGCACUAUUUCUGGGAUAGCGGAGUCUGUAACCUGAAGCAUAUGUAACCUGAAGCGUAUGUAACCCGAGGUACCACUGUACACAUAAUAAUUUUUAAAAACGGGGAUGGGGUUUAUAAGAGAUUCUGAAAAACAUAAUGUUAUCAAGCAGGAUCUGGUGACAAUAGGCAUACUCCAUUUACAAUUAUAGAUCAGAGAUGGAAAAAUACAGACAUAAUAUAAAGCCAAAAUAAACCAUCGGUAUGUGAAUGUGUGGAAGUGAGUGACUAGAACUGUUUAUUAUGUAGGCGUAAUGGUUAAACAAGGCAAGGUUACAAAACGUGAACCCUAAUCUACCAAAGCAAAGUAAUUAAAAUAUUCAAAUGCUCUACACUACUCUACCAAAUGUUGGCCUUGGGCUGGGAGUCUCUGAAAUCUGAAAGACCAAAGUCUGCCCCUGCCUUAAAAUCAUGAUAUGGGCUUACCCCUCUGGCUCCCAGCUGCAACUCUCCUCACUGGAGGACAGGAGGCGGGCAGGUGUGGGGGACUCCCUGGUCCUGAAUGGGGUAACUAUGCCCCUGAAGGACCAGGUGUGCAGCCUGGGAGUCAUUCUGGACUCACAGCUGUCUAUGGAGGUGCAGGUCAAUUCUGUGUCCAGGGCAGCUGUUUAUCAGCUCCAUCUGGUACGCAGGCUGAGACCCUACCUGCCCGCGGACUGUCUUGCCAGAGUGGUGCAUGCUCUAGUUAUAUCUUGCUUGGACUACUGCAAUGCACUCUAUGUGGGGCUACCUUUGAAGGUGACCCGGAAACUACAACUAAUCCAGAAUGCAGCAGCUAGACUGGUGACUGGGAGUAGCCGAGACCGCAUAAAACCGGUUUUGAAAGACCUACACUGGCUCCCAGUACGCUUCUGAGCACAAUGCAAAGCGUUGGUGCUGACCUUUAAAGCCCUAAUCAGCCUUGGUCCAGUAUACCUGAAGGAGCAUCUCCACCCCCAUCGUUCUGCCCAGACACUGAGGUCCAGCUCCAAGGGCCUUCUGGCGGUUCCCUUGCUGUGAGAAGCCAAGUUACAGGGAAACAGGCAAAGGGCCUACUCAGUAGUGGCACCCUCCCUGUGGAACGCCCUUCCACCAGAUGUCAAAGAGAAAAACAACUACCAGACUUUUAGAAAACAUCUGAAGGCAGCCUUGUUUAGGGAAGCUUUUAAUGUUUGAUGGACUAAUGUAUUUUAAUAUUAUGUUGGAAGCCGCCCAGAGUGGCUGGGGAAACCCAGCCAGAUGGGUGAGGUAUAAAUAAAUUAUUAUUAUUAUUAUUA